AUGGAGCCCCGCAAAACCCCUCCAGAGUACUUCCUGGAGAUCUUCGCCGACACCACCACGGUCCGCGAUGUGCUGAAAGGCGUCCUGAACCUCAUCUUCUUCCACCGCUUCUUCCCCUCCAUUCGGCCCGUCACCUUCGAUGUAUUGGACCUGACCCUCCCCGCUAUCAAUGAUGCAGACCUGGAGACCCUCAUCGAGUCCCGCGUGAACGCCUUGGUCCGUCAGCACCUCAGCUCAGCCGCCGGGGCGCAGGAUGGCAAGGUAGGUGGGGGCGGUGGGGGAGUGCGUGGACGGAUCGCCGUAGAGUUCUAUGAGAAGAAGCGGCGUCGGUCGGGCUUGUGGUUUGGCGGAUUAGCUGGAAAGGGCGAGGAGGAGGUAUGCUGGGAGAUUUGGACGCUGGAUGUGACCAUUGCCACACCCCGCACCGAGUCCGAGCGAGCGAAAGUCCGCAAGGCUAUGGGAAACAUGCUUCAGAAAGCAGCAUUGAAGAUCCUGACUGUCGUCAACCGCGACAAAGACCAUAUACCACCCAUUACGACCAGCGACUCCAACCCGUUCCCAUAUCGGAUUGUGGUCAAUCCGCGUACCGAUGGCUGGGGCAACCGCAUGGGGCUCUAUUAG